GAGCCAUUUGAGAUUCAGCCAUAAUCCGUGUAAGAGGAUGAAGAACUACUGCGCCGGAUGUUUCGUUAUGCAGCCAUGGCGGCCCUGGUUGCUCCUCGCCUUGCCACACUCGGCUGCUAUUCAGUAAGACCAAUUUCAUCAUUUGCUGCUCAGAACAAAGUUGUAUUCAAGAACAAGAAGGAUGAAGAUGCUAAAAGCCUGGUUCCAUUCAGAGGGAAAACCACUGCUGUGGCAGCCAAGCCAGCCUCAGCGGUCAGCAGCAAGGGUGAAUAUGUCAUCACUAAGCUUGAUGACCUGGUGAACUGGGCACGCAGAAGCUCCUUGUGGCCCAUGACGUUUGGCCUGGCGUGUUGUGCUGUGGAAAUGAUGCACAUGGCUGCACCUCGCUAUGACAUGGACCGUUUUGGUGUUGUGUUCAGAGCAAGUCCUAGACAGGCUGACGUGAUGAUCGUUGCUGGAACACUGACGAAUAAAAUGGCUCCUGCUCUGCGGAAGGUGUAUGAUCAGAUGCCUGAGCCAAGAUAUGUCAUUUCUAUGGGAAGUUGUGCUAAUGGUGGAGGCUACUAUCACUACUCCUACUCAGUGGUCAGAGGCUGUGACAGAAUCGUCCCUGUGGACAUUUAUGUUCCAGGCUGCCCACCCACUGCGGAGGCUCUGCUUUAUGGAACACUGCAGUUACAGAGGAAAAUUAAGCGGGAAAAGAAAAUGCGAAUUUGGUAUCGGAAGUGAGUUUUGAGGAGCUCACCCCAGGAUGUAAGGUUGCAGUAGGUGAGGACACCACCAGGCUUCAGCAUCCUCUUCGAAUGGGCCUGAAAUAAGAAAAGGAAGUGAUGUACAUGCUAUCUCCGUUGCUCUUUUUGUUUAAUUUAUUUUUAUUGUGUCUACCUAAACACCAUCAACGUACCUUAAUGAAGUUAAACUGGUGAGUGUGCCAUGUGUCCUCUGACAGUGGAUAUGUGUCGUAAAGGAUUCCUGUAACAAAAUGGCAAAUAUGCAUGUUUCACCUCUACAAGAGAUACAAGAAAUACAAGAAAUUGGAGAAAAGGCAAAAAUCGUUAAGAUGAGAUUUAUCUAACCAUCAAAGUGACUGUCAGGUAGGGUGGGCACAACUUGUUCCCACAGGCCUUUGAGGGGGACAACCUGUAAAAGUGAAAGUACCACAGCUAUUUACACACUAGCUAAUUACACAUUACUACAUUGUUUAUAAUAUAUUACCAGAGUAAUAAAUGAUUAUUACAACAGGUGUUAUGUACAAUGUGAAGCAGAAAAAAUGUGAUACAAUAUGUAACUGAUGUUCAAUAAACAAUAUAAUUUCCAUGCUGGUGCAGA